UUAUCCAGCAAAAUGGAAGAAGCUGAUAUUCCGGUGAAUAUUACAAAUGAUCUGGAGAGGAAGAUUGCUGAUGCUUUUCUCAUCUUCGAUCACCAUGGAAGCAAAGUGGUUGAUGUAAGGGAAAUAGGCACAAUUCUCAGAUUUUUGGGAUGCGUUCCAUCUGAGAAUGAAAUUAAUGAGAUAAUCUCUGCCACGGAGUUUGAGGAUUCCAAUGGGACUGUGCAUUUGGCCAAGUUCCUUCCACAUGUUCACCAGUUGCUCCUGGAGCGUCGAAUGGAACCAGCAGCUCCGGAGAAACUCCUCAAAGCCUUCCAGAUGCUCGAUCCCGAAGCAAAAGGCUUCAUUCCGCGUGACUAUCUGGGUAAGCUGAUGAUGGAGGAGGGUGAGCCCUUCAGUCAGGAUGAAUUGGAUGAGAUGAUGGCUAUUGCUGUCGAUGGGCAGACUAAUAAAAUUCCAUACGAAUUGUACAUCAAUCAAUUGAUGGUUGAAUAA